GCGGCCUGGGUUUGUUUUGGCGUAAAGCGCGCGCUGUGAUGAUGUCACGACGCUGACGCCUGAGGAUGGCGGCGGCGGCGACCCUGUCCGCGGUCCGGAGAGGGUCAGCACAGCCGCCGAGACGCCGAAGACCUUGCCGCCCGUGCGAGGUGUAGACGGGGCACUGCCUGCAGAGCAGGUCCUGCUAGCCUCGUUGGAGAGGAUGCCCCCGUGUCCGUGAUGGGCUGUGGGACAAGCAAGGUCCUUCCUGAGCCGCCAAAGGAUGUCCAGCUGGAUCUCGUCAAGAAGGUGGAGCCCUUCAGUGGCACUAAGAGUGAUGUGUACAAGCACUUCAUCACAGAGGUGGACAGUGUUGGUGCUCUCAAAGCUGGGUUCCCAGCAGCCAGUCAGUGUGCAAACCCCUGCCCUGGUGCCCCCACUGCCGGCCACACAGAGCCUCCCUCAGAACCACCACGCAGGGCCAGGGUGGCUAAGUAUAGGGCUAAGUUUGACCCACGUGUGACAGCCAAGUACGACAUCAAAGCCCUGAUUGGCCGAGGCAGCUUCAGCCGGGUAGUACGCGUGGAGCACCGUGCAACCCGGCAGCCGUAUGCCAUCAAGAUGAUUGAGACCAAGUACCGGGAAGGGCGAGAGGUAUGUGAGUCAGAGCUGCGUGUGCUGCGCCGGGUGCGUCAUGCCAACAUCAUCCAGCUGGUGGAGGUGUUUGAGACGCAGGAGCGUGUGUACAUGGUGAUGGAGCUGGCCACUGGUGGAGAGCUCUUUGAUCGCAUCAUCGCCAAGGGUUCUUUCACUGAGCGUGAUGCCACACGGGUGCUGCAGAUGGUGCUGGACGGUGUCCGAUAUCUGCAUGCGCUGGGCAUCACACACCGAGACCUCAAGCCCGAGAAUCUGCUUUACUACCACCCAGGCACUGACUCCAAGAUCAUCAUCACUGACUUCGGCCUGGCCAGUGCCCGCAAGAAGGGUGAUGACUGCCUGAUGAAGACCACUUGUGGCACACCCGAGUACAUUGCUCCCGAGGUCCUGGUCCGCAAGCCCUACACCAAUUCAGUUGACAUGUGGGCACUGGGUGUCAUUGCCUACAUCCUGCUCAGUGGCACCAUGCCCUUUGAGGAUGACAACCGCACCAGGCUGUACCGGCAAAUCCUCAGGGGCAAGUACAGUUACUCGGGGGAGCCCUGGCCCAGUGUGUCUAACUUGGCCAAGGACUUCAUUGAUCGCCUGUUGACGGUGGAUCCUGGCGCCCGUAUGACUGCACUGCAGGCCUUGAGGCACCCGUGGGUGGUAAGCAUGGCAGCCUCUUCAUCCAUGAAGAAUCUGCACCGCUCCAUCUCCCAGAACCUCCUCAAACGUGCUUCCUCCCGCUGCCAGAGCACCAAGUCGGCCCAGUCCACGCGUUCUAGCCGCUCUACGCGCUCCAACAAGUCACGUCGUGUGCGUGAGCGGGAACUGCGGGAGCUCAACCUGCGAUACCAGCAGCAGUACAACGGCUGAGCUGCUGGCUACGGCGCAGACAUGCCAUGGUCCCAGCUUGGCCGUGCAUCACUGUGCCAUCUGGCCCUGAUGCCCUCUCUGGAGAUAGGCCUGUAUGGCCGGCAGCAGGUGAAUGGCCCUACCCACUUCUCUUCAGCAGCUCCCAUCCUCAUCCUGGGCCUGAGCCUGGUGUGACCAAGUGGAGGGAGCCUGGGGACAUGUGAGCCCUCUGAACUGGCACCGGUGCUCCUUUUGGUGAGCAACUGCUCUGCUACCAGUUGGGAAAAGGUCAGGACCUGGCCUCGGGCUCUUUCACCCCUUGGCUCUUCCCCAAGACCAAAGAGGCAAGCUGUGCCAGGUAGAGGGUGUCCUGUUGUCCCAGGACUCUUUGGGACAGUUACUUCUGAAACCCUCUUUCCUCCACUGAACCUUCAUCUCUGGCCUCCCACAUUCCAUUGCAUCCUGAUCUGUAACACAGAGAGAGGCCCAGGUAGGCCCAAAGCUUGUGUCUUGGCUGGACUCCCAGCUAAGUCUAAACAGUCUCCCACCUCUCACCCAAGAUCUGUCUUCCUUCGUGGUACCCCCAGAGGCCCCUCCUGGACUCAGGACUGGCUAGAACCUCUGGUGGUAGGGCCAUGGCAUAGUCCUUGGCCCUUCUGGACUGUGUGGCCAUGUUGGUAGCAGGCUUGCUCCAGGCUCUAACCUCUCUCUGACAGUGGGAGGGAGAGCUCCUGCCCAACCAGCCCAUUGCUCUCAGUGCCUUCUUUGCAGAGCCCACUGUCACUUCUUUCUCCCCCUUGGAUGCCCAUUCUAUUCCCUAGGUGCCUCCUUCCCAACUGUGGGGGAUUAAAGGGAGCCCCACUGCUGCUACCUGGGGAAUGGGGGCACCUGGGCCAAGGCACAGGCCAGGGGCUUCCCAGGGAGAGCCCCAUCAAUAUUCCAGUGUCAGCCCUGGUUCUACCCUUGGUACUGCCCAAUGUCCCUUCCCUUCAGGCUCUGCAGUGGCAUAAAGGCGCCAUCUAGUGUCUGGCAUGAGUAUGGGCAGCCUGGGAAUGACCACUGUGCUCACCCUUCAUCUUCUAGAGGAAGUGGGAAGGAAGGAGCUGCUGUGUUGAGGAAAGGUCCCAGGCUGCUCAGCCCUCCCCUUCUGCUGAGCUUCUGCACAGCUCCAGUUGGAACUUAGCCAUACUGUGUGACCUGCCUCUGAACCCUGAGUGCCUGGGGCCCUGGCCUUCUCACAACUGGCCUUGCUUGGGCCAGCGUGUCCUUGCUUCCUUUCACAGCAUUACCUGUCCAGCCUGGGCCCUGCCGAAUCUUAGGUUGGAGGGAACUCCUGCAGGAGGUGGGUGGAAUUGGGUGGCUGCUCUCCCGGAGGCCUGAGCCAGACCAUCCCCGUGUUAGUCAAGGUGCCUCCCCACCACCACAAACAAGGCUGGAACCCAAGUCCCCUUCUUCCUCAGCUGCUUUCAGUGGCAGGAAAGGAGGUGUGGCCCAGCUUUAGCUGUAGCUAGAUUGCAGGGCCUCUGCCAGCUGGGAGAGACUGGCCCUCACUCAGUUUUUCCCAGUGGGUAGCCUUGGGCCAGGCCCUCCUCUUUCUGCAUGUGCCCACCUCCAGUGGGAAACAAGGCCAAAGAGAACACUCUGGGCCAAGUCAACUGUCUUAAACAUUCCCUCCUAUCCUCAGUGCUCCUGGCACAAGGCAGCAGAGAGCCCAAACCCUGUGGCCUCAGAAUUCCCCUCACUUCCCCAAGUGCCUCUGGAGGCCUGAACCCUGGGGAUUUAUUUCCUCUCUUGUCCAAGAUAGGCCUGAUCCUAAGGGUAGGACUGAGGGAGGUUGGAGACAUGGGCCUUUAUGCCAUGGACCAUAGAUGGAGAGUGUGCAGUUAUUUAUUUUGUGUACUCAGUUUGUAAAUGUAUCCUCUGUACUCAAUAAACAGGCUGCCCUCCCCAGGGAAGGCUGCCCAUCCAUUCUGACA